UCAACAACUUAAAUUUUGAGAGAAAAUGGCUCCAUCGAUACUAAGCCUAACUCGAAAUUCAUAUCAGAUCCUCGGCCUAGUAUGUUUGUUGUUGUUGGUCGAGACAAGUAACGGGUUUGAGUUCAAGGUCGGAGGGCCAACUAGUAGUUGGACAGUUCCUAGCGAUCCUAGUGCUGCAAUCUACAACCAUUGGGCAGAGAAAACCCGCUUCCAAAUAGGAGAUUCAUUGCUGUUCGUGUACGAUAAUAGCCGAGACUCGGUGUUGCAUGUCACCGAAGACGACUACAACAACUGCAACACAGCAUCACCCCUCCACAAGCUGAGUGAUGGCCAGAGCUCAUUCCGUUUGGACCGAUCGGGCCCUUAUUACUUUAUAAGUGGAGUGGCUGAGAAUUGCCAGAAAAAUGAGAAGUUGGUGGUGGUUGUUAUGGCGGAUAGAAGCAGCAGCCAUAAGCCGGAUGACACAGCAUCAUCGCCGUCGCCGCCUCCUCCUCCUGCUGAAGAGGAAACCCCUUCUAACAGAGCUGCCUUUGCCACGGCCGGAGCAUUUGCAACUCUUCUUGGCUUUUCACUUGUUUUAGUAAUUUGAAAUUGGAAAUUUGUCUAGUGUUGUAAUAAAAAUAAGUUUAUUUGCUUAUAA